UAUGAACAUCAGUCGGUGGCUUAGUGAAACUGGGGUUUUUUAGGGUUUUGAGAAUCGGGAUUUCCAUACAGAAAAGAAGAAACGGAGGAAAGGGGCGAUACAGAAGGAACUCGGAAGCCAUGAGUAGAAGCUUGGGGAUACCAGUGAAGCUGCUACACGAGGCCUCAGGGCACGUGGUAACUGUGGAGCUGAAGAGUGGAGAGCUCUACAGAGGCAGCAUGGUGGAGUGUGAGGACAACUGGAACUGCCAGCUCGAGAGCAUCACCUAUACUGCUAAGGACGGGAAAGUCUCACAACUUGAGCAUGUUUUUAUUCGUGGGAGUAAAGUCAGGUUUAUGGUCAUACCAGACAUGCUGAAGAAUGCUCCCAUGUUCAAACGUCUAGAUGCUAGAAUCAAGGGUAAGAGCUCUUCAAUUGGAGUAGGCAGAGGUCGGGCAGUUGCAAUGCGAGCCAAAGCUCAAGCUGCUGGCCGAGGGGCAACAGCUGGAAGGGGCGUUGUACCACCUGUGCGGAGGUGAUUUUCCAGAAAAAUGGUUUCUUAUCCCCUCUUUUGGGAACAGUAGCGUUCAUAGCUGUAGCUGAAAUUGGUGUCCUCAGUUUAAGUAUUCCCACCCCUAGCGUAGUAACUGAUGACUUCUUGUACCAUCGAGGGAAAAAAAGUAAGUAAGAAAGGGAGAUCUUAAUGACCUUUUUGUAUGCUUGUGCUGGAAACAGGAAAUUGAUUGUUAAUUGCCCUUUCAGAUUUCAGACAGUGUCUGCCAAGCCUAUGGUGCUUUUGUGCAAAUUAUGGACAAGUAUGUGUUGUCUGAAAGAUUUAUUUUCACUGUUUUUAUGUUUAUAGACAGAAUGACCUUGGCUUUUUGGUA